AUGGGCAAGAAGGCCAGCAGUCAGUUGGCGUGGCAGCGUCGAGCGCUCAGCUUGCGGGCGGCGGAGCUGACAGCCCAAUCAAGAGAGGCCCUGAUCAAUCAGCAGGCCAGCAGCGCACACUUACGGCUGGCGCUGAUGAAGCCGGGUCCUGGCAACAGGAAGCCGGGUGCUGGCAACAGGAAGCCUGGUCCUGGCAACAGGAAGCCGGGUGCUGUCAACAGGAAGCCUGGUCCUGGCAACAGGAAGCCGGGUCCUGGCAACAGGAAGCCGGGUCCUGGCAACAGGAAGCCGGGUCCUGACAACAGGAAGCCUGGUCCUGACAACAGGAAGCCUGGUCCUGGCAACAGGAAGCCGGGUCCUGGCAACAGGAAGCCUGGUCCUGGCAACAGGAAGCCGGGUCCUGGCAACAGGAAGCCUGGUCCUGACAACAGGAAGCCUGGUCCUGGCAACAGGAAGCCGGGUCCUGGCAACAGGAAGCCGGGUCCUGGCAACAGGAAGCCGGGUGCUGGCAACAGGAAGCCGGGUGCUGGCAACAGGAAGCCUGGUCCUGGCAACAGGAAGCCGGGUGCUGUCAACAAUAAGCCUGGUCCUGGCAACAGGAAGCCGGGUCCUGACAACAGGAAGCCUGGUCCUGGCAACAGGAAGCCGGGUCCUGGCAACAGGAAGCCGUGUCCUGGCAACAGGAAGCCUGGUCCUGACAACAGGAAGCCUGGUCCUGGCAACAGGAAGCCGGGUCCUGGCAACAGGAAGCCGGGUGCUGGCAACAGAAAGCCUGGUCCUGGCAACAGGAAGCCGGGUGCUGUCAACAAUAAGCCUGGUCCUGGCAACAGGAAGCCGGGUCCUGGCAACAGGAAGCCGAAUACUGGUAACAUGAAACCAGAUCAACAGCGCCACAUAAGAAAGGAAACCUUCCCGAAGUACAAGAGAAGAAGCUGGUGA